AAACCCCGAAGUGAAAAUUCUAAGGCUCUGCGAAGUAAAUUAACCUUCUGUGAAUGUGACCCACGCUCUCUGCAGUUCCAUAUGCUGAGGUUAUUCUUACUUAUCAGUUUGACGUGCUUGGUGAGAUCAGAUGCAGCUGAAACAUGCCCUUCAUUCACCAGACUGAGCUUUCACAGUGCGGUGGUGGGUACUGGGCUGCAGGUGAGGCUGAUGCUCUAUACGAAGAGAAACCAGACCUGCGCACAAAUCAUCAACUCAACAACUUUGGGGAACCUGAAUGUGACCAAGAAAACCACCUUCAUUAUUCAUGGAUUCCGGCCAACAGGUUCCGCUCCAGUUUGGAUGGGAGACUUAGUAGAGGCUUUGCUCUCUGCAGAACACAUGAACGUGGUUGUUGUUGAUUGGAAUCGAGGAGCUACAACUGUCAUAUACACCCACGCCGCUAAUAAGACCAAAAAAGUAGCCAUCAUCUUGAAGGAAUUUAUMGAUCAGAUGUUGGCAGAAGGAGCUUCUCUUGACAACAUUUAUAUGAUUGGAGUAAGUCUAGGAGCCCACAUAUCUGGAUUUGUUGGAGAAAUGUAUGAUGGGCAGUUGGGGAGAAUUACAGGUCUCGAUCCUGCGGGCCCUUUAUUCAACGGGAGGCCCCCCCAGGACAGAUUAGAUCCCAGCGAUGCGCAGUUCGUUGAUGUCAUCCACUCCGACACUGAUGCACUGGGCUACAAGGAACCGCUAGGAAACAUAGACUUCUAUCCAAAUGGAGGAUUGGAUCAACCUGGUUGCCCCCAAACGAUAUUUGGAGGAAUAAAGUAUUUCAAGUGUGACCACCAGAGGUCCGUGUACCUGUACCUGGCUUCCCUGAGAGAGGACUGUGAGAUCACCGCCUAUCCCUGUGACUCCUACAGGGACUACAGGAACGGCAAGUGCACCAGCUGCGGCACACCAGAGCAGUCCUGUCCCGUCCUGGGCUAUUAUGCUGACAAUUGGAAAGACUACUUAAAGCAGAAAGAUCCUCCGAUGACUAAGGCGUUCUUUGACACAGCUGAGAAGGAGCCAUUCUGCAUGUAUCAUUACUUUGUGGACAUUAUAUCUUGGAACAAGAACAUCAGAAGAGGGUCUAUUACAAUCAAAUUAAGAGACAGAGAUGGAAAUACCACAGAAUCUAAAAUCGAUCAUGAACCAGCCACAUUUCAGAAAUAUCAUCAAGUGAGCCUGCUUGCAAGAUUUAAUCAAGAUCUGGACAAAGUGGCAACAAUUUCCUUGGUGUUCUCUACAGGAUCUGUAAUAGGUCCUAAGUACAAGCUCAGGAUCCUCCGAAUUAGGUUGAGGUCCCUUGUCCAUCCAGAGAGGCCCCAGUUAUGUCGGUAUGAUCUUGUCCUGAUGGAAAAUGUCCAGACAGUCUUCAAACCUAUUCUCUGCCCCAAGUUGCAAAUGUAACUGCUGCUGCCGUGGACACGUGGGCAGCAGCGAUGUCAGGAAAGCUGCAUCUACGGCCUCUUUUAAA